AUGCCGUCCCCCACAGCUCAGGGUCUAGGCCCAGGUCAGGAGAAGAAGAUCGGCCACAGGAGAGUAGACGCCUCUGGAGAGACCACCUAUAAGAAGGUACACUACUCCUUUCCUCUUCUGCAUCCCUCUCUCUCGCUCUCCUUCCUCUCUCGUCUUCAUGUUCUUCUUCUAUUUUCUCUCCUCCCUCCAUCCAAUACCUCUCUCCUGCUUCCCUCUCUUCCAUGUCCUCUCCUACCUCUCUGUUUUCUUCCUCCUUCUUCUCCCCAUCCCAGACCUUUCUGUACUUCUUUGACUUCUCCUCUCACCAGUCCUCCUCUCAUCCUUUUCCUCCCUCAUAUUUGUUUUCAUGGAUCUGUUUUAGUGACUUGUGGUUUGUAACCUGCCUGCCUGUGCCCUCCAGACCACGUCCUCUGCCCUGAAAGGUGCCAUCCAGCUGGGCAUUGGCUACACGGUGGGCAACCUGAGCUCCAAGCCAGAGAGAGAUGUCCUCAUGCAGGACUUCUACGUGGUCGAGAGCAUCUUCUUCCCCAGGUGUGUCUGACUUUGUGUGUGUGUGGAUGGCAGAUGUGUUUGUAUGUUUAUAAAUGGGGAGGGGGUGUUUUUGUUUGUGUGUGUAUAUAGUCACUCAAAACACCUACAAUGUGAAAUGCUCUCUAGUACAAUAACUCUUCUUUCCCUUUCUCGCUCCUGUCUUUCUCUCUUUCUGGCUCUCUUCCUCACUCCCAUCAUCUCUCCAGUGAGGGAAGUAACCUGACUCCUGCCCAUCACUACCCAGACUUCAGGUUUAAGACCUACGCCCCCGUGGCCUUCCGUUACUUCCGAGAACUGUUUGGAAUCCGACCCGAUGACUACCUG